UCUUGUUUUCUUUGCUCCGCUCUCUAUAAUAUUUUUGAUCAUCUAAUGUCGUGAUUUCCAUCACGACAUUAGACGUAAUUUUUGCGGUAUGCGAUUUGACAUUUAUUGGACUAAAAAGUGACUUUAUUUGACCGGCCUGCACGUGCAAUGAUUUAUCGACCUUCGCAUCAUCCGCCCGUUAUCCACUUUUAUUCUGGUCAUCUCUAAAAGAUAUUCCCCAAACCAGAUCCCGCAUCGAACAGCUGAAUAAUACACAGCCUGUCAGUAUCAUUCAAUAAUUGUUGGUUUACACAGGCAGCGAAGGGAAUUUAUCGAUCGAUAUGAAGAGAACAGGUCUGUGAACCUUCUACUCUCUGGGAUUUGAUGGGGUCGUUAGUAAUCGAUAAUCUAUUCAGCGUCCAAAUGAUUGAUAUUAGUAUUCGAUUGAAAGAAGAAAAGAUAGUCGUGAGCUCUGACAACCCCCGAAUGACAGCAUAUCAAGUAAAGUUGGAUGAUCAUCCAACCUCCAGCCUGGCAGUCAAACUGCAAAUUAAUGCUGACCUCUUGAGGAGUUGGGAAUUCUUCCGCAAGGAGGGUACGAAGAAAGAGCAGAGUCUCUCUUAAGAAAUUAUGAAUGCAUAAGGGAGCAGGAGGCCCCCAAAUUGAAUCCGCACAUCCCGGCGACGAUGAACGACUUUGCUGUUGCUAGAAACAACCACAUGAUCGAAACUCAAAAAUUGGCAGGAACAGCCCCGUCGAUUCUUCGUUCUGUAGUUUCCGCAAUCUAUGAAAACAAAGAUGACUUUGAUCUUAAGAAGCUCCGAACGCGCAUGCGUGAUUCAGCAAAGCUGGCUGCUGAGGACCUGAGGACGGUGAGCGGUGCGAAUGUGCGGUAUGUUUACCGGUCCUUGAAUCAGCCAGAUAGCGGACUGAAAGCUACAAUCGAACUGCCCAUGUACCAUAACGACCUGCGAAAUCCAGUGAUCGCAUAUGACCCACGUGGCGUGCACCCGCGCGACGGUAUUGGGGUAACAUCAGGAGACGUUCCUACCGGUUGGAUCCGUUUCAAACCUUCGCUUCCAGAUACUUCGAAUUGCUGUCCUUACGUCUUCAACAGUAUCGAUCGCGUAUCCAUCAGCAUCUGCGCGAGUGUUCGCUGAAUCUAUCGCUACUUCCAUUAUUUUAAGCGAAAUGUGUCUCUUGGCAUGGUAGGGCGCUGAUUUAACCUGCCAUAGUAGCUCCACUGAAAGAACACUGGCCGCUGUGCAGAGUUCCUCGAAUGAAGCCGUCCUAAACGAUUUAGUCACUGUCAGCAGCGGGCUCCUCUCGGCGGCUCAAAGCUUUUGAAAGUCACGCGAUGUGCACCGCUUCACCUACCCUUGAACUACGUACGCUAUGACAGUCUCAAAACGUGUUUUCAUCCAGACGUGUAGAAAAGGGCCAUUCACACAUAUUAAAAAAAUAACCAGAUAUAUAAUAGUACAUUUUGAUACCAGUGCAGAAUCCGUUCGCACGUGUAUCCGCGUCAUACUCUUUGUUAGUGAUGUUACGUUCAGCAAAACUUGUAAGCGAAAACUCUUUUCGUUUACAAGUUUUGACUUUUCGUUUACAAGUAAACGAAGCAGCCGUGCCAAAAGAUAUUGUUAAAAUAAUAUCCUCACAAUGCCGACACAAAAGUAACUUUUUGGAAACACGACAAUUUGCACCUUGUCUUUAACAUCUAUAGAUCUGCUCGAUGCGAGAUCUGGUGUGGAGAAUAUUUUUAGGGAUGGCCGAGAUAAAAGUGGAUUACGGAAGGAUGAUGCAAGGGUUGAAAAAUCACUGCAUGUGCACGUCGAUAAAUUAAAGACACUUUUUUCAUUGAAAUAAAUGUAAAAUCGCACACCGUACAAAUCGCGAAGAAUGUCACAGUAAAAAAAGAGCCGAUUGACUGACAACUAAACGCGUUAUAAUGAGAAAUAAGAAUGGUCGAAAAGUAUGAUAACGGAGUAACGAAAAAAUAGAGAUUCGCACAAGAAAGAAACCAUGCUACCAAACAAAGUUCCGGAAGUGGACUGAUAACGGUCACACGUCCAGAGACCGCAAAUGCCCGAAUUCCGGGGAACUAGAAUUCACUGGAACCUUCAAGAAGGAUCGUCGACCAGUCCAGGACGCGGUGCCUCAGGUGUGAAAAUAUUUGACCACCGAUCUCCGGUGAUAAGUCCCCUGUCUGCGUUGACAAUAACCCCGCUCUGCAGUGCAAAAGAGUGAGUGCGGCCGAGGACUUCGGUGCAGAACCAAAAUAACAUUAAAGAGUCGAUAUAUUUGUUCGUCGUUUCUCUACCGAUUUUGCCAGAAAACUCGUAAAAAAGCUUUGAAAAAAGACUGUUUUCAACGUUAGGCUUUUUGCAAUUACUCCGAAAAUUUUAGUGAAUAUAUUGAAUCAAUAGUUUCUUAUACACAACAGGGGAGAGUUAUAUUUUCUCCCCGAAAGUACCCAUGUUAUUCUAGAACAGGCCUGCAAAUGAAAACUUGUAUUUUGCUCUCCGAAGAGUAGGAAGCAAACGAGUAUUUUCACAUUUCUCCCGCUCUUCAGAUAGCAAAAUACAAUCUUCUCUUUGCAGGUGGGUUGACAAAGAGCCGGUGCUUCUGGGGCGAGAAAACAAGACGUUUCACCCUUAAUGCACAUUAAACGAUUUUCGGCCCAAUCGUAAAGCCUAUAAUUUUUUCGCGGCUUUGAAAACUUUCACCAAUUUCUGUUCACUUAUUUCAUAGACAAUCAGAACAUACACAACCCUUCAAACAGUAAUAUAUUAUCUGAUUUACCGUAACUCGAGGCUUUCGCGUUGGCUCUCCAAUUUUGCAAUAGUUGCCUCUGAAUUUUUCAAUGACUUCUGCAACUCGCUGAUUCUCCGCUCCUUGGUAAUGCCCACCUGUUUCAACUGCGCUUCCAAAUUCUUAACAAUCCCUUGAAUAUGAGA